AUGAGCCUACGUGCAUCAUUUGGCCGUCAGCAUAUGGGAUUUUUUAUUCAACGACUCCUCCCUAAAGCUACGCCCUUGGUGCCCUGUCUCGUAAAUCCAAGACAUGUUGACAUUUCAGUCUGGAUGAUGUUUAGGAGGAUUGGUUACUUAGCUGGGAAUUUGGAUGACUUUCAUGCCGCGUACCACAGACAGCAGCAGCAGCAGCAGCAGCAGCACCACCACCACCACCACCACUUGGGCGAGACCACAGUCUCACUCUUGAGGCUGGAAAGCCUGCUGUCUCACCGACAUGCUUGGCGAAAAAACCUGGUCGACAAAUGCCAACAUUCCUGGGAAGAAAUCUGGAGAGAUUCUGUUUUCCCCGAAUGUUGUGAGUGA